GAAGUUGGGUGAGCCGCGAAGUGCGCUGCGGCUUUGGCUCUACCUCGGCAUCGCGUCUUUCUUCCCCACACCCAGAUAAUCCUCUCCCUGCGAACCUUUCUUCCAGCUUCCGUGACCUUUAAAUAUAUUCAACCCAAUAUCCUCUUGUUGCUACGCUAUCUCUACCGCUGGUUGAUAUUAUUUAAUUGCCUAAACAUCGAAAUCAAGACAUGACUGACCACGAUUACGGAGCCGUCGCAGCUGAAAUCAAAAAGAUAAUCCCAAACGACGAUUAUGAUGACGGAAGUACAGGUCCAGUGCUCGUCCGUCUAGCCUGGCACGCAUCUGGCACCUACGACAAAGAGACCGGCACAGGCGGCUCUAACGGUGCCACUAUGCGGUACAAAAUCGAGUCCAGCGACUCUGCCAACAACGGGUUGGAAUAUGCUCGCAAAUUCCUGGAGCCUAUCAAGGCCAAAUUCCCGUGGAUCUCGUACUCUGAUCUGUGGACGCUUGGUGGCGUUGUCGCAAUCGAAGCGAUGGGCGGUCCUAAGGUUCCAUGGAAGCCAGGUAGAGUCGAUGAUGUUGACGACCAGUAUGUGCCGCCAAACGGCCGUCUACCUGAUGCUUCGCAAGGUGCAGACCAUAUCAGAUCAAUCUUCUACCGAAUGGGGUUCAACGAUCAGGAGAUCGUAGCGCUAUCCGGAGCUCACAACCUUGGAAGGUGCCAUGGUGAUCGCAGUGGCUUUGAAGGCCCAUGGGUGCCUAAUCCCAUUAGAUUCACCAACACAUACUUCAAACUUCUGCUGCAUGCGGAAUGGGUCAAAGGAAAGAACAGUGUUGGUAACGAGCAAUUCUACUCUGACGACGGCGAGCUGAUGAUGCUUCCCACAGAUAUGUCUCUCGUCACUGACCCAAAGUUCCGCGUCUGGGUCGAAAAGUACGCAGCAGACAGGGAUCUUUUCUUCAAGGAUUUCUCUGCUGCAUUCAGUAAGCUCAUAGAGCUAGGUGUUACCAGAGGUCCCGAGGGAUUGGCGCUUAGGAAGUACUCCACGGUUGCUCGGGCUAGACUAUAAAUCAUCUUUGAAUUCGAUUCAAUCUUAUUUUUCUCGUGUUAUUGCCGGGUUUAGCCGUAGUUCUUUUGUACAUAAUUACGGUGCGGAUUGUGUGGUGUAUGGUGACAUAAUGGAUUUUCUACAUAUUUAUGAGUACGUCGUAGUAUUAUACGAAGUAAGUGCGUAGAUUAUUGGUCUGGUUAACGAAAGACUUACGUAUUGUUAUUUUAAUCCUGUGUGGC